AUGACUAACUUCCACCCGCCUCUACCUGUUUUGUACUUUCACCACUCUCAUUAUUCCUUUGUCCUUCUACCAAUCUGUUAUCUCCAUCACUCUCUCUAUUUUUGUUUUACUUUUCUUUCUCCCUAUGCUUUUAACUUUUAUUUAUUUUUCUUUGCCUCUCUCUCUCUUUCUCUAAAUUGUGACUUUUCCCUUUCGUUUGUUUCUCUUUUGUUACCUUCUCCUUUUCACAUCUUCUUUUGUAUAGUUUCUCUUCCCUCUUUCCUCUCUUGCCCUGUCUUUUCCUUGCUCUCCAUCCUCUCUCUAGUCGUUUGCUCUCUUUCCUCUCCUCUCUUAUCUAUCUAUCUAUCUAUCUAUCUAUCUAUCUAUCUAUCUAUCUAUUCGAUUUUUUCUUUUGUCUUUUUCUUUUUUUUUCUUUCUUUCUUUCUUUCUUUCUUUCUUUCUUUCUUUCUUUCUUUCUUUUAUUUACCAUUUUCUCUUUCUUUUUCUCUUCUUCGUUUCACACCUUCGCUUUCAUUUUUCUUUUUUCUCUCUUGUUCUCAAUCUGAUCUUUCCUUUCUUCCUCACUUUUUUCUUAUUUACAAUGUCGUAUUUCUUUUUCUCUCGCCUUCCUUUUUUAAUUUCUUUUGUUUUGAAAUUUCCCGCUCCUUUUUCUCUUUUCACUUACUGCCUUUUCUUCUCUUUCUCCUUUUCUACAUUCUCUUUUUCUCACACCUUUUGUUUUUGCUAUUUUUUAUUUAUUUCUUCCUUUACUUUUCGUAUUGUCCUCUCUUCGUUUUUUUCUUUCUCUCUUCCCGUUUACUUUAUCUUCCUCUUUUAAUUUUCUCACUUUCAUUCUUUUGUUGUUUUUCUUCUUUUUCUCUUUUGCUCUCUCUCUCGCUCUCUCUUCAUUUCCCUCCCCUCUCUUCCACUCAUCUUUUCCAUUUCUUUUUCAUUCCAUUUUUUAAAUUCAUUCUAUUUUUCUUCUUCUUUCUUUCUCUCUUUCUUAUUCUUCCUCGUUCUAUUCCACUUCUUUCUAAUAAUUUUCUCUUAUUUUCUAUUCCUACGCACUUCCUUUUUCUCUAUUUUUUUUUGCCCUCUCUCUUUCUUUUUACUUUCGCUCCCUCUCUCUUCCAUUUAUCUUCGUUUUUUUUUCAUUUUUUGACUGCUCUUUCUUUUUCUCGUCCUCACUGCUUUCUAUUCAUGUUCAUUUUCUCCUCUUUCUCUUUACCUGUCUCUCAUCGGACCUCGCCUUUUCUUCUUUUAAUCCCCCCCUUACUACUUCCUAUCAUCACCUCUUCUUUAUUUUCUUCCUUAUUUCGUUUUUUAUAUUUACCUCUUCUUUCUUUUCUUUCCCCCACCUACCUUCUUUCCUUCCGUCUUUCCCCCCGAUUUUUUUUCGUUUCUUUUCUUUUCCUUUUCCUCUACCUUGCAUUCCCACUUCUUUUUUCUUUCUUUCCUUUUUUCUUUAAUUCCGUGCUUUCCCAUUUACUGUUUCCUUCCUUUUUCUUUUUUCUUUCAUUUCUUUCAACCUUUCAUGUUUUUUCCUACAUCAGCUGCCAUUUUGACUUGAUCUAUCUAUCUAUCUAUCUAUCUAUCUAUCUAUCUAUCUGCACAUAUCAUUUGACUAUAGUGCCGUCUUUCUUUCUUUCAUUUUUUAUCCUUCUUUUCUUUGAUCCUUUCUUUUUAUUACUUUCUCUCUUUCUUUUCUUUAUUUCUUGUCUUUCUUUAUUUCUUCCUUUCUGUCUUAUCUUUCUUUAUUUCUUGUCUUUCUUUCUUUCUUUCUUUUCUUUCUUUCUUGUCUUUCUUACUUUCCUUCUUUCUUUCUUUUGCUUUCUUUUUUCUUUCUUUUUCUCUCUUUCACUUUUUCUUUCUGUUCUUUCUUUCUUACUUUUAAGCUAUCUUGCAUAUCUGUCACUGUGUUGUGUUCCCUCCAGAAGCUAUCUUGCAUAUCUGUCACUGUGUUGUGUUCCCUCCAGAAGCUAUCUUGCAUAUCUGUCACUGUGUUUGUUCCUCCAGAAGCUAUCUUGCAUAUCUGUCACUGUGUUGUGUUCCUCCAGAAGCUAUCUUGCAUAUCUGUCACUGUGUUGUGUUCCCUCCAGAAGCUAUCUUGCAUAUCUGUCACUGUGUUGUGUUCCCUCCAGAAGCUAUCUUGCAUAUCUGUCACUGUGUUGUGUUCCCUCCAGAAGCUAUCUUGCAUAUCAUUCAUCCAUGCUUUGA